AGACAGGAGGCUCAGAGUGGAGUAGGAAGGUAACGUGAUGACUGCAGUCGAAGCUAAACCCGGAAACCAAGAGCUAUGUCCCCCCCUUCUCCGCUGCGACACGCGGAUUGGAAGUGUCGAAGGGGUUAGUGUACCACGGGACGUCGGACAGACGACACGGUCAAGAGUCGUGUGUUGUGUAGUGUGGCGGUUCGCGUGAACACCCUGCAACACAAGUUACUCAUGGUUAACAAGGUUCCAGUGAGACUCGCCACACGUGUAUACAAUGACCCUCUCCGAUCCGGCUACUCUCAUCUCAGAUCUUGUUUAGUGGGCUUUGACCUUACUUGGACACUUUGUGUUCCUCUUCGAAGGCCUUGUUUAGUGGACCUGGUCCACUAGGAGACUCUUCAUGUUCCUUUACGGCUUUGUUUAGUGCUGGUGGUUCUCACAAGGGCUCUUCAAGUGGCCAUCCAUCUCAUGCCACAUCCUUCAACACCGCCCUGAACACCAUUCCCCCCUCUUGUAUGUAUCAGCGUGACUGGUGCAGUUACCCAAGUGUAGUAGAGAGUGGAUGGCAGCGCCGGUGGGCCGUUUGGGGCGACGCAGGAGAAAUAGAGUGUAGAAGAGAAGACUUAGUGACUGGAAAAAGUAGUCCUAUUCCAAAUUGGAAGGAGUGUUCCAGUACCAGACUGGUAGGAGUGUUCCAGUACCAGACUGGUAGGAGUGUUCCAGUACCAGACUGGUAGGAGUGUUCCAGUACCAGACUGGUAGGAGUGUUCCAGUACCAGACUGGUAGGAGUGUUCCAGCACUAGACAGGAAGGAGUGUUCCAGUACCAGACUGGAAGGAGUGUUCCAGUGCCAGACUGGAAGGAGUGUUCCAGUACCAGACUGGAAGGAGUGUUCCAGCACCAGACUGGAAGGAGUGUUUCAGUACCAGACAGGAAGGAGUGUUCCAGCACCAGACUGGAAGGAGUGUUCCAAUACCAGACUGGAAGGAGUGUUCCAGCACCAGACAGGAAGGAGUGUUCCAGCACCAGACUGGAAGGAGUGUUCCAGCACCAGACUGGAAGGAGUGUUCCAGUACCAGACUGGAAGGAGUGUUCCAGUACCAGACUGGAAGGAGUGUUCCAGCACCAGACUGGAAGGAGUGUUCCAGCACCAGACUGGAAGGAGUGUUCCAGUACCAGACUGGAAGGAGUGUUCCAGCACCAGACUGGAAGGAGUGUUCCAGUACCAGACUGGAAGGAGUGUUCCAGUACCAGACUGGAAAGAGUGUUCCAGCACCAGACUGGAAAGAGUGUUCCAGUACCAGACACCAGACUGGUAGGAGUGUUCCAGUACCAGACUGGAAGGAGUGUUCCAGUACCAGACCGUCAAGGCCCACAUACAUCGCUACAUAAUAUCAUCAUAGAGUUUCUCCUUCGAACCCCAAGAUGGCGUACGAGAGCCUCAGCAAGUACCUGGACUUCCAUAACACUCCGGAACCCGGCGACCGCUUCACCCUCCAGACCGUCAUCGCUGCCGGCACCUACGCUGAGGUCUACCAGGCUACUGACGCAGAGAACUAUGAAAAGAGUGUGGCUGUCAAGAUCAUCGAGAACAUCAAGGAGAACAUUGAGGAGAUCGAGGAGGAAUAUCGUGUGUUGAGCGAGCUGAGCCACCACGACAACUUUCCUCAGUUCUUCGGCAUCUUCCUCAAAAGGGCUCCAAAGCUUGAAGAACAUCAGAUAUGGUUUGUAAUGGAGCUGGUGAGCCACGGCACCGUCUCGGAGCUGGCCCGGGCCUACACCAUGGCGGGAGAGAGGAUGCCAGAGCCCCUCAUCGCUUACAUCCUCAAGCAGGUCAUCCUGGCAGUGUGUCACCUCCACCAGGCCCACGUGAUGCACCGUGACGUGAAGGGCCUCAACGUCCUCAUCACCGACCAGGGCAACAUCAAGCUGGUCGACUUUGGUCAGUGUGGCCACCUGGACGCUACGAUGGACAAGCGCGGGACGUCGGUGGGGACGCCAUAUUGGAUGGCUCCGGAGGUCAUCGAGUGUGAGCAGAAGACUGAUCAAGACUACGACAACCGCUGCGAUGUCUGGUCCCUCGGCAUCACGGCGAUUGAGCUGGCGGACGGUGACCCUCCCUAUGCUGAUAUCCACCCAGUGAGGGCAAUCUUCCAGGUCGUCCGCAACCCGCCACCAACUCUCAAGAGGUCCUCUCACUGGUCUCAGGAGUUCAUCGAUUUCAUAUCCGAGUGCCUGGUGAAGAACCCGGACCACCGCCCCGUCAUGCUGGAGCUCCUGGAGCACCCCUUCAUCUCUGGUGUGCCUCACCCCGCCUCACAGGUGAAGAAGCUACUGGUGGAGGAGAAGCAGCGGCUCCUGGACUCCGACUUGAGGCCCGGGCGUCCCACCACGGCCAUCGCUCGCCAGGGCUACCUCAAGAGUGAUCGUCUCAGCAAGCCUAAGAAGAUGGUCACUGACGAUCUGGCCUCGCUGGAAUUCUUCAACGAAGACGUGGUGUUGGAUUGUCUCUUCUCGCGGUGGUCGGAGGGCCACGUGUACACCUGGGUGGCCGAUGUCCUCCUGGCCGUCAACCCCUUCGCUCACACCUGCAAGUAUGAUGAAGAGGUCCAAGCGAAAUACAAGUCGAAGUCUCGAAGUCAGAACGACCCCCACAUCUUCGCCAUGGCCGACCGCGCGCACCAAGACAUGAUGCACCACAAGGAACACCAAACUAUCGUUCUCACAGGGGAGUCUGGCAGUGGCAAGACAUUCAAUUUCCAUCAACUCAUUAAACAGUUUUCAUACAUUGGCUUUAGUAACCCGGGUCUCAUCGACAAGAUGGAGAAGGUGUGUACGGUGCUGGAGGCCUUCGGUAACGCUGUCACUCAGCUCAACCCCAACUCCACCCGCCACACCCGCUACUUCGACAUCACCUUCUCCAAGACCGGCAAGAUCUCCGGGGUUAUCGUCUGGCUCCUCAUGCUCGAUAAGUUCCGGGUCACAGAGAGGCCUAGAGAUGAGGGCAACUUCCACAUCUUCUACUACAUGUACGACGGCUUCUCCCAGACCUCCCGUCUCUCCCGAUAUGGCCUCAAGGUAGGCAGGAAGUACUCUUACUUGGCCAAGCAUCCCUACGACAACGAAGUCACCAAUGCCCGCAAGUUUGCAAUCAUCGAGCAAGCUCUUGAGGUGAUUGGCUUCAGAGAGAGGGAGAGCCACACAAUCUUCCUGGUGUUGGCUGCCAUCCUCAUCCUCGGCAACGUGGAGUUCACUGGCAACCAGCAGGCGGCCAUCGUUGACUUGGAGCCCGUCGACGAAGUGUGUCGACUUCUGGAUAUCGAGGAGAAAAAGCUGUCUUGGGCGCUGUGCAACCACUGCCGCGUGAAGCCCGACCAGUCGGUGGAGUCGGUGAGGAAGACCCAGCACGAGGCCGAGCACGGCAGGGACUCCUUGGCUAGGACACUCUACUGCCGAGUCGUCGACUUCCUCGUCAACGCCAUCAACUCCAAGCUCUCCGUCACCCGGCUCGUCUUUGGGGACCCCUACGCCAUAGGAAUCCUCGACAUGUUUGGCUUCGAGUCGAACGACCACAACAGCCUGGAGAACCUGCUGGUUAACGUGGUCAACGAGCAGAUCCAGUACUACUACAAUCAGUAUGUCUUUAACUGGGAGAUGCAAGACUACGAGGAAGAAGGGAUCCCCGUGAAGACCUUCACCUUCCCCGACAACCGACACAUCCUCGAGCUCUUCUUGGCCAAGAGCAGCGGCAUCUUCGCCAUUCUCGAGGACGAGAGUCGAGACCCAAGUGGAAGCGACACUUCCCUUUCUUGCAAGCUGGAGCAGCGGUGCAUACAGAAGCAGAUGCAGCGGGUGUCGGAGUUCACCUACGCCAUCUCCCACUACGUCGGGCGGGUCAAAUACGAUGCGCGAGGCUUCCUUCGCAAGAACCGUGACCACGUCUCUAUUGAAGUGGUUCAGACACUGCGGCAGUCAGCCAAUGAGUACAUCCGGGGCAUGUUCUGCAACAAGCUGACCAAGACGGGCAACGUCACCCUGGAGAACCUCGACUCCCAGACCAAGGACAAGGCUCCCGCAGUCUUGUCCAAGAAGAAGGACUCGAGACGGUUCAACACCAAGUCGAAGGGUCGGUUGUCGCAGACGAAACACACCCAGACCCUGGGUACGAACCUGCGCUACGCCCUCAUCGAGCUUCUCUACAAGCUAACCAACUCUCAGCCACACUUCCUGCGCUGCAUCCGCUCAAAUAUGGAUAAUUCCGAGUCCAUUUUUGACCGAGACAUGAUAAAGCAUCAGAUCAAAUACCACGCGGUGUGCGAUACCAUCAGGAUUCGCCAGCAAGGGUUUUCUCACAGGAUCUCCUACCGCGAGUUCCUACGAAGAUACCAGUUCUUGGCGUUUGACUACGGGGAGUGUGUUGACGUGACGAAGGACAACGCCAGGCUCCUGCUGGUGAGACUCAAGAUGGAGGGCUGGGCCAUUGGCAAGGACAAGGUCUUCCUCAAGUACUACAACGAGGAGUUCCUCUCCAGACUGUACGAGUCCAGCGUGAAGAAGAUCAUAAAAAUCCAGGCUGCGAUCCGCUCCUACAUGCUCAGGAAACACAGGAAAGCUGAGGAAGUGAUAGAGCCCAAGGAGAGCACCCACCAGGCUAAAGUCCACCUGGAGAACGCCGAGAUCGCUAAUAGGAUAAAGGAACGCACGAGGUUCGGUGAAGGUACGAUACAGGCGGAGGCGGCCCGGUAUGUCCAGUUUUACUUCAGAAAAUGGAAGAUGCGAACUCUUUUCCAGCAGCUGCAGGUCUACCGCGCAGCCAAGCAACAGCAACUUGUCUACUUUUCUCAGCAGGUGCAUCUGUACGGGCAGGAGACCCAGGCGCGGCUCCAGCGGGUGAACAUCCCGUUGGAUCUAUCUAAAGUCCGCAACGAGGGCCGCAAUGCCCACAAGACCAUCCUGGCACGAGUCAAGGUGCCCCAGCCCAAACUUGCCCUUGACCACAUGCUCAAUGCCUACUUCGACACCACCUUCCUCUGCGACCCCAGCAGGUCCAAGAAGGGCCGUCAACAGGACGAUGACUGGGAGGCGCCCUUCAAGAUCCACACCUCUCCUGUCCAGUCUGAUGUCCAGGUCGACCAGAGCCCCUCCGUGAUGGUCCAGCACACACCACCAGUGGACACCACCAGCGCCCCCACCCACGCACAUGUCCAAGCUCUGCAAGCCAAGAAGGGAGGUGACGAGAGCAGGAACAACGCACCAGUACCAGUACCAGCACCAGUACCGUCCUACAACCGGUUCGCAGGAAGCAGCAGUUACAGGCCGACCCCUAACUACAACCAGUUCGUGGGGUCGAACCCAGUGAUCAAACCUCGCCAGGUUAACCAGUACAGCGGCAGUUACCUCAAGCCCGCCACACCCCGGACUCCUACUGCGGUUGUUAUCAACACGUGGGACGAACGUCAACAUAAUGGCUACAGCAACAACGUUGAGCAGGAAGACCAGGGGACACAUGACUUUAGGAAGCAUCUCCGCAAGACUAACCACUCUGCCAUACAGGAGAUGGAGGCCCGGGCAUCCGCUCUUGGUGGAGGUGAUGAUGGCACCUUCAACUUCCAGGGUGAAAAUCCAGUGAACGAGGAAAAUGCUGACGAGUCCAGCCCUGCCACUGACUGCGAGGAUCAGAUAGCGCCCCUGGAAGAAAUGAUGGAACGUAUCCGAGAAAUAGCUGCCCAACCAGUGGAGGACACAGCCCAGGAUACACAGGGAAUAUUGCGGAAGACGGAGUACAACCGCGAUAGCCUCACGAGGGAGAAGGAAGAUGAUUUUGAUUACCCUAACGGCGAUCAGAGGCCCGUCUCCACGACUCCCAACAACGAGAGGUCAUUUUCCCCAACCUUCAUUGAGGAGACUGAUGAAGCCAUGCUGUAGAGGGCCUCACUUGAGUCUUCCUCUCAGCCUACUACGAGAGCUCCUACUCCCUUUCCCUUCAACAACGAGGUCUCUUCUCUCCAAUCUUCUGCAAAGAGAUCUCAUCUCUCAAAUUUUCUACAACGAGAUCUCUACUCCACAUCCUCCUACAACGAGAUAUCUUCUCCCCCAAUCUCCUUAAGUGAGGUCUGUCCUUCCCCAGCCUUCUACAACGAGAGCUCCUUCUGAACCUUCAACACCGAGACAGAGCAAGCUGUGCUGAAGGAAGCAUCUAAAACCUAUACCAACACUACGCCUCUUCAGGACCUUCAUGGCUGGACAGGAUUGAAAGCGUCGUGUAGUAGGGUCACUGUGAGGUCAAGAUAAGCCAGGAUGUAGUGUGUGUGGUUAAGUAGAAAGUCAGGAUAACAAGAUGAGGUUAACAAUUGCGUCAUGAUAACAAGCUGAGCUAAGCCAGAAUAUCAAAUGAAGUAAGCUAAGCCAGGAUAGCAAUAUGAAGUGAAUUAAGCCAAUAUAACAGGAUUAUGUGAACUAAGGCAGGACAACAAAGGAAGGUGAGAUAUUCAAAAAGAAAGCGAGCUGACAAUAUAACAAGGGAAGGUAAGGUAAACGAGGACAGUAAGAUGUGUUGAGAUAAGCCAGGAUAACAAGGCGAGAUAAACUAAUAAAUCAAGGCGAAGUAGGUAAACCAGAACAAAAUAUGAAAGUGAGGUGAACUAGGAAACAAGGAGAUCAAUGUGAGGUAUCUCGCAAAGCUAGAAUAUCUGAUGAGGUGAACAUCUUUCCCACCUGAAAGGUGAGAGAAACCGAAUUCUAGUUUUAUUAAGAACUGAAACACUGUAGUUUAUUUUAUAAGAUUAGAAAUAUAAACCAUGAAUCAUUGUUUUUCCUAGGUGACAAGUCCUUAAAGUUUCGCAACCUGAUGAUCAUUAUUUCAACAUAAAGCUAUGUUGAAUCAGUGAUAAGGAACUAUGAAACAGUAUUUGUAAUACCGAGGCUUGGCUUUGGUUUGAUGUUGGGCUUAAGACCUGCCAACCUCUUUAGGGUUAAUAAAGCCACUACACUCGCUUAUUGAGCAACCAUCAAGUAUACUUUAGUUCUAAACGUAAUGCAGGACUAAAGGAAACUGCGUAUAUAUAUAUAUAUAUAUAUA